CGCAGGCCCCCGAGCCCCGGGGCGGGCGCUGACGCGGGCGGGCGCCGCUGCCAACUUCGCGCGGAGCUGCGGGGCGGCGCGGGCGGCAUGAAGACGAGCCGCCGCGGCCGAGCGCUCCUGGCCGUGGCCUUGAACCUGCUGGCGCUGCUCUUCGCCACCACCGCCUUCCUCACCACGUACUGGUGCCAGGGCACGCAGCGGGUGCCCAAGCCGGGCUGCGGCCAGGGCGGCGGAGCCAACUGCCCCAACUCGGGCGCCAACGCCACGGCCAACGGCACCGCCGCCCCCGCCGCCGCCGCCGCCGCCGCCGCGAGCCCGGCCGGCGCGCCCUACAGCUGGGAGGCGGGCGACGAGCGAUUCCAGCUGCGCCGCUUCCACACUGGCAUCUGGUACUCGUGCGAGGAACAGCUCGGUGGCCCGGAUGAGAAAUGCCGAAGCUUCAUUGACCUGGCCCCGGCUUCAGAGAAAGGGGUGCUGUGGCUGUCGGUGGUCUCCGAGGUGCUCUACAUCCUCCUGCUGGUGGUCGGCUUCAGCCUCAUGUGUCUUGAGCUUUUCCACUCCAGCAGUGUCAUCGACGGGCUCAAGCUCAAUGCCUUUGCUGCGGUCUUCACGGUGCUCUCAGGUCUCCUGGGAAUGGUGGCACACAUGAUGUACACACAGGUGUUCCAGGUCACCGUGAGCCUUGGCCCUGAAGACUGGAGACCUCACUCCUGGGACUAUGGGUGGUCCUUCUGCUUGGCCUGGGGUUCGUUUACCUGCUGCAUGGCGGCGUCUGUCACUACGCUCAACUCCUACACCAAGACAGUCAUUGAGUUCCGGCACAAGCGCAAGGUCUUUGAGCAGGGCUACGGGGAGGAGCCGACCUUCAUAGACCCUGAGGCCAUCAAAUACUUCCGGGAGAGGAUUGAGAAGGGGGACGUGAGCGAAGAGGAAGACUUCCACCUCGCCUGCCGCCAUGAGAGAUACCCCACCCGGCACCAGCCACACAUGGCAGACUCCUGGCCACGAAGCUCAGCUCAUGAGGCAGCAGAGCUAAACCGUCAGUGCUGGGUCCUGGGGCACUGGGUGUGAUGUGACCCAAGCCAGCCCCCAUCUUCCUGCCGUCACCGGCACACCCCUCCCACAGGACAUGGAAGCCUGGUCUCUGUGCUAUGGACUCGGCUCUCCUGUCGAGGAGACACCAGGCCUAGACUGCCACCGCUGCCUGGGUCUUGGGCCCCCAGAGACGGGUCAGGAGGGCCAGAGGGACUGUCCAGGUGGCGCAGAGACUUGGAGACAGAAAUCACCACCACGCUUAGAGCCACACCCAGCCGGGAAGCCAGGAAGAACACGGGCAUGGACCACUGAAUGCUGGCCCCCACAGCCAGCCACAAUGCCAAGCAGGUGCCCAGAGGGGCAGGGUCCUGUGGGGACAGGGAAUGGGGCUUACUGAAGGAGGGGCAGUGGCUGCCUCUGCAGGGCUACACAGCAGGCACACAGCAGGGGCUCAAUAAAUGCUUGUCAAACCUCCUCUCUUGCUAUGUAUGGGCUGGCUCCCCCAUCAUCGCCCUGCCCUGAGGGUGUGAGCCCUGGGCACCGAGGUCAGGGCCAAACAUUUUGGAUGAGCUAGAGUCCAGCCCAACCUGGGGAAGUUCAGGAUGGAGACAGGCGGGCAGAGCAGCCUGGGUCCUGAGCAUAGCAGGAGGGGCAGUCCAGGAGAUAGGAGAGACAUGUGUUCAGGAACUUCAGCAACGUGACACCACCCUGACCCUGGGGAUCCUGUGCCUGCGUCUAGGGCCACUUUACAUGAAACCUCUGGCUUAGCUGCCCAGGGGGAAAAUACUGUCUUGACCGUGAGAGGGUGGGGUUCAGAGAGGGAAGUUUCUUGGUUGAAAUUAGAGGUGACAUGCGAGACAGUGAGUUUAAACCAGACUUGCUCCCAGUUUAGUUUCCCAAGAGGCCUCAUCCUGCCCCGAAGGAUUUCUAGAGAUUGGCAGAGUGAGGUAGAAUGUGGUCUUCUCCUUCAUCAUCCAUCCACUGCCCAUACAUGACCCAUCCACCCAUCCGUUUAGCCAGCAUUCACCCACCAUCAUCUACCCACCUACCCACUCAUCCAUCUAUCCACUCAUUCGUCCAUCAUCCAUCUAUCAUUUACCCAUCUGCCCAUCUACGUAUCAUAACCCAUUUGACCAACAUUCAUCCAUACAUUGAUACAUAAUUCAUCCAUCUACUCAUUCAUCCAUUUAGCAGUAUGUAUCCACUUAUCACCUAUCCACUCAUCCAUCCUACCCACUCAUCCAGCAUCCAUCCAUCCAUCCAACUGUCCAUCCAUCCAUCCACUAACUGUGAACACAUCAUCCAUCUAUCCAUCCUCAAUCGUCCAUUCACCCAUAAUUCACCCGUCCAUUAUCCAUCUGUCAUUGUCAUUCCUUUUGUCAGCCAUCCAUCCGUGCACCAGCCAUCUUCAUCACCCAGCUAUCCAUCUGUGCAUCUGUCUGCACACAGGUGUCAUCUAUUGUGCCCCUACUGUGCGCCACACACUGGUAGGACUUGGAGAUGGGACACUGACUCUUCCAGAGAAGCAGACAAGGGAUGAAAUGGGAGAUGAUAGCUCAGUGUAGGAGUGCUGGGCGUGGUACCUGCUCUGGAGUCAGACUCCUCACAUCAGGUCCUGUCUACUCAGCCCUGGUGGCCUUAUCCUGUAGAUGGAUGGGAGUCUUCAUUGCACCUACCUCUUACAGCUGCUAGAGGGUGGCACAGACUGGUUCCUGUGAGCAUGGGGAGUGGUCUGGACCAAGGAAAGUAUCCUACCAUCACGUCAACAAGGGGAGCUGGGGUCAUGGGACUGAGGCAGUGCCUGUUGGAGACCACCUGAAGGACUGGUGAUCAAAGAAAUGACACCCAAGCCAUCACACUGAUGUCAGGGCUUAGAAGACGGACAGGAAAGGAGAGGGAUUUCAGAUGGUCUCAGUGACAAGUGGGGGGGAAAAAGGUCUGUGAGGAUGGAACCAGACUGGAGAGAGGACUCAAAGCUUCAUUAGGAACCUACAGUUUAUCCUUGGGGACAGCUCUGGGUACGGUGGGACAGGCCAAGGUAAGGUGCUUAAUCUAGGAGGUCGCCGAAGCUCCAGGCUAGAGCAGAUGACUAAGACAGGACUCCCAUGUCCUUGCAGGGCCCUGAGUGUGAGGGAGAGUGCUGUGGCUGAGGAAAGAGGCUAGUGGAGUGCCAGGCAGCUAACUCAGGCCAAGAGGAGGAAUUGGUAUAGGAGGAGGAGGCAGGAAAGAAGAGGCUUGAGCUUCAGGUGUCUGUCCUGUUUCAGGCUGGGCACCCAGGGGCCAAGGGUGGACCUCAUGGUUCUGUGUGGAUGCAUGCCUGUGCUCAGUCACUCAGAAAGCACUUCCCUUCCACUUUGUGUCCACACAGCUGGUAUGGGGCCUCGUGGAGGAGAUGAAGUUGUCCUGGGCAGAGUCCUGCACAGUUAGGAAGGCCCCAGAUGGGGAGCUGCAGUAUUGGCCUUGUGCAAGUGGGAGCCACUUUGUAAUGGGGCCUGAGCAAGGUCUGGAAUCUGGUCCCGCCCCCUGGAACCUCACAGGUCUCUGUGGUCAUCUAGGGGCCUUGCGGAGCUGGUCACGAGCCCCAGGAGGCCCAGGAAAUGAUUUUAUUUACAAAACUGUCAUCUAUUUUAAUAGCUGUGUUUAUGUAAAUGUGUAUUAGAAAACUGUGUGCGGGCGUGCCCACGCUCUGGAUGCGGGCUCUGCCGCUUAGAAUGAACCACAAUAGGCGUUUCCGUACAAAGAGUCGGCUUAAAGAAAAAUACUAAAUAAAUAAUCAUGCAAGUGG